UGGCGUGUACUCUCUGGCACGUCUAACUUCUGGUGGGAUACAUGGUCUGGACUGGGUGCCUUGCAUCGCCAGGUCGAUGGCUGCAGUGGGUACUGGACUGAUGGAGUGGGUGAUAUGUAUCGCUCUGAUUUUAUGAUUGACCAUGAUGCUCUACCCCCUGAUUUAUUACGGCAGUUGCGCCUUGAGCCGCCAUCUCUUGAUUCUGAUCAUGUGGAUAUUCCGGUCUGGACCCCGUCUACGGAUGGGAAGUUUACUCUUGCUUCUGCUAAGGAGCUUCUUAGACCGAGGAGGAAUGAUGAGCUGGAGGACAUUGAGCUUAAGAGGUGUUGGCAGAAACACUUACCCUAUAAGAUGUCCUUUCUAGCAUGGCGUGUUUUGGAGAGGCGCCUUCCCACUGAUGAUGUCCUGGCGAGAUUUGGCUUUGCUUUGCCUUCUCGGUGCUUAUGUUGUUCGCCGCCAGGACGGGAGACCAUUACACACAUUUUCUAUCAUGGGAGCAUGGCGCGGCGUGUUUGGACUUAUUUCACAGAGUCUGCCCGUAUCUGGGGCACACAUCACAGUUCGAGGUCCGCCUUGAAUAUAUGGUGGGCACAGAGGCCAAGGAGCAGGAUGCUCUCGUUCCUGUUCCACCGCCUGCCAAUGAUCAUUCUUUGGUGGGAACCAGUGGAGCGUGGAGGGAUGGAUGUGCUUCUUCGGUGUAUUCAGUGGUGUAUAUCCCAGUCCUUCUUGCGUAUCCACGUGGAGUCCCAUCAUUCAGAGCUAGCUUGUUUCUUUAGAGAAGGUACCCCGUGGUACUUUCAUGAUGUUUAUGCUAGACUGCGUUUCCUCUGUUCUAUCGCGACGGUCCAGUGGUUUCAUUGUGACGUGCGGGCGAAUGCCCCGACGACUGAGUUGGCAUUGUGGGCCGUGGAUAGUACAGAGGGGACGCGGGAGUUUACUAAUCUGCAGGAUCUUGACAUUCGGGUUGAGACUUCUAGUUGGGCCGUGGCAUUGGCGUUGGGCUUCGGGCUUCACGGAUGGGCUGCUCACCUUGGCGGAUUGGACCGAUUGCACUUGGGCUGGUCGCUGAUGACUGGACAGCCUGGUGCUGGGCUUGGGCUGAUUUGGACGGGCGCUGGGCACGGGGCUUGGACUGGCCAGCGGCUCUUGGGCUGGCUUGGGAGAGAUUGGGCUUCCAUUCGAGAUUGGGCCUAUAGAGUCUUCAAUAAACGUACCUUGACUAUCGAGGAGUCUCCUCACAUUGUAUUUUCCGAAGAUAACCCUCGCUUGGCGAGAAAGGAUAUUUGUGAUGAUCUUGCAGAUUCAUUAGAGAAAAUACACGUUGAUGACGAUGAGGAGAACACGGGAAUUUACACCAACACACAGCCACAAACUGAGGAAAUACCUCAAGAAGCUAACCAAGGUGAUGAAGAAAGACAAGAGGAAGAAGAAGAACAAGCAGAACACGAAGAAGAAGAAGAAGCAACCGAGCUUCCUAUUGCAUGGAGAACAAACAAGAACCAUCCGCUUGGCCAGGGACGGUUCGAAGUGAAGAAUUCUGGAAAUCAGGGAGAACCAGCGAUGGUAGCCACCCUCCCAUCGAUGGGUGUGUUUGACCAUCGAUGGGAAGGCAGCCUUGUUUUCCCCUUCGCUUUCCAGUGUCGACCUUCCCAAGACGGCGCCGGACGAAGUCGUGCCCGUGCACCAGCCCGUGCCCCUGCCCCUGCCCCCGCUCCCGCCCGGGCCUCGUUGCAAUCCAUAGCCGAUACUCUGAAUCGGCUAACCCUCACAGUGGAUGGCAUGGGGCAGUCAAUCGAGCGGAUGGAUUGGACGUUGCAACGUCAACACCAUGACAUGAUGGCGUUCUUCCGCGGCAUCAACUACGUCCCGCCUCCCUUUGACAGCACCAUCCUCGGCCAGAACUAUGAAGGCGAGGACGAGGAGGAUGACUCCUAUGCUCCGUCUUCCUCCCCCGACGAGGCCGACUUUGAGGACGCGGUCGACGGGGAUCCCAUGGACGCCGAGGACGACGAAGAAGACAAUGACGCCGAGGACGAGGACGCCGCCGCCUAGACUUUUCUCUCUUUUCCUUCCUUACUAUGAUUGUAUUUUUUUUAACUUCCAUUCCGUUGUAUUCUGCAUUUCCCUUUUUUAAACAAAUAAAAGUUUACUUUUCAAAUCUAAAGUUUACUUUUAAUUCUUUUUGUUAAUGUCAAAAGGGGGAAGAUAUCUCGGUUAUGCAUAAAUUGAGGGGGAAUUU